AUGACUGGACGCGGAAAGGGUGGAAAGGGUCUCGGAAAGGGUGGUGCUAAGCGUCAUCGUAAGAUUUUGAGAGACAACAUCCAAGGUAUCACCAAGCCAGCUAUCAGACGUCUCGCUCGUCGUGGUGGUGUCAAGCGUAUUUCUGCCAUGAUCUACGAAGAGACCCGUGGUGUUUUGAAAACCUUCCUUGAGGGUGUCAUUCGUGAUGCUGUCACCUAUACCGAACACGCCAAGCGCAAGACUGUCACUUCCCUCGAUGUCGUUUACGCUUUGAAGAGACAAGGCCGUACCCUCUAUGGUUUCGGUGGUUAA